GUAGUUCCGUGCGGAUGUUGUCACGUGUGUUUUGAAAAGUUUACGCAGACGACCUGGAACAUUCGUCCCCACGUGCGGAUAUUUCGCCAAGCUCAAAUCGGAUUUACUUUAUUUAUACUUUUUCAGAUACCCUUUGAUACUUGCGGCUCCUCUUCAUCACAGUUUAGCGACGUUAAAUUGACCUAGCAUAACGAUCAGCCUGUUCCCUUUUCAGCCCCAAGCUGGUUUUGUUCAUCCCGCAUGUUGACUGCCUGAGAGGAGAGCAGUAGUAAAGGACCCACACAGAUAAAACAGUAUUGACAAUGGUUUUCUUCACCUGCAACGCAUGUGGCGAAUCCCUGAAAAAGGCUCAGGUUGAUAAACAUGUCAUGAAAUGCCGUGGGUGCCAAGUUCUGUCCUGCAUCGACUGUGGAAAAGACUUCUGGGGGGAAGACUACAAAAACCACAAUAAAUGUAUCAGUGAGGACCAAAAGUAUGGUGGAAAAGGUUACGAAGCCAAAGCAAACAAGGGAGACGUGAAACAACAGCAGUGGUUACAGAGAAUCAAUGAAGCCAUGAGCAAACCCGGGGUCAGUGCUAAGCUGAGAGAUGUGCUUCAUCAAGUUAGUAGUUAUGACAACGUACCGAGAAAGAAAGCAAAAUUUCAGAACUGGAUGAUGAACAGUUUAAGAAUAGUAAACACUGGGCUGCAGGAGGAGGUGUGGAACAUAAUUAAUUCUGCAGAAAAUGCUCCUCCAGCCACACAGCCGUCCAAAGAAACCCUAGACUCUGUGGCAGAAGCUCGAAACACUAAUGGAACCGAGAAACAAGAAGAGCAGGGAAAUGCUGAAGAAAAGAAGAAAAAGCUGAACAAACGGGAGCGCAAAGAGGCCCGUCAGCAAAAAAACGGAAAAGCUACCAAACGGGAUGACAAAGGACCAGAAGAAGAAACAGUGACGUGUCAGACAGGAAAAAAGAAAAAAAAGGAUCGAAAGAGAAAACAUGAAGAAGAUGAGGAGCAGACUGAAAAUGGAGUUGAUGAUGAGAACACAGUCAAGAAAACAAAGUUUGGCGAAGCUGCAGAAAUUCACAUUCAAGAGGAGACUGAAAAUCAAGCUGUUCCUCAUGGCAAGUUCAACUGGAAGGGAAACAUCAAGGCGGUGCUGAGAGAGUCACCUGAGCAGGAACUGUCAGUGAAGAAACUCAGGAAGAAGGUCUUGGCAGCCUACUACUCUUUCAUUGGUGACAGUCAUUUUAAAACAGAAGAGGAAGUGUUGGCUCUUUUCAACAAGAAGAUUACCAAAAACCCCAAGUUUAGAGUUUUAAAAGACAGAGUAAAACUUGUUCAGUAGACUUCUCCUUAAUGGCAUCUUCAUGUUUUUUGUUUGUUUUAAACGAAUGUUGCUAUUGCUUUUCUCCCUUGUAGCUUUUAAUACAAAUGACCAAUCUCAUGGAUUAAAUGGCUAUACACAAGUGA